UCGUUCGUUCAAAUCCAAACACGACGGAAGCAUAUUUCAAAAUACUGUUAUAAUUGCCAAAAGAAAGGACAUUCUGUUUUUCUUUUAAAUAAUAUUACCUAGUGGAUAUUUACUUUAAAGGACGAGACUUGAUUCCACACAAAUACAAAGUGUCAACUCGAGGGCUAGCUGAGACAAGCUAUUGUAGCGUUGUCUUCUCAACUGUUACAAUCACAAUCACACGGAGGAAAUGACGCCUGACACUGCAUAUGUGCAACUCUUUCUCUUCUCGAUAUUCACGUGCUUCACGUGCCUGUGGGAACUAGCCAAUGGCAGAGCUCGUCUCAUAGAGCCCACAAUGAGAUCGAGUUUGUGGAGACUGGGCGAUGUCAGCGUGCCAAUGAACUAUCUCGAUGAGCUGUUGAAUUGUGGUGGCUUUUAUGAACAAUGGCAAAACGCAGGAGGUCGGUGCGGAGCGUGUGGUGACGCAUACAAUGACGUCAUCAAACAAAACGAAUAUCCUGGAAUCUACUCCAAACAAGCUCCGAUCAAAACAAUCCAGUUGGGACAAAAGCUGAAUGUGACUGUGUACACUAGGCAGAAUCUACUCGGCUACUUUGAGUUCAGACUCUGUCCACGUCAAGAUGGUCCCGUUGGUCCAAGUCUUGAGACGUGCUUCAAAACGCACCCACCAUUAGUUAUUGAGGAAACUAAUUCUACUCGCUAUUACACCGGAAGCGGAAGGGAGUAUUAUGACAUGCAUCUGCGCAUGCCCAAAGGACUGAGUUGCGACAUCUGUGUGUUGCAGUGGAAGUACCAUACCGGGUACAGGAUGGGACGGGAUCACAACGGAUGUAAGGAGUGCCUUGGCUGUGGGCAACAAGAAGAGUUCAUUAACUGCGCAGAUAUCCGGAUCCUUGGUCAUUCGGCCAGCACGGACAACGGUCAGGACAACGGCCACACUUCCAGCGGUCUCAUUGACAGCAGCCACGACACCAGAGUGACCAGCAACAUCAAAUCUGGCAUUGUGUACACCUACCCCCGGGCUGGUCUGCAUCACACCUACGUCCAACCCCACGGACGGCCGUCCUCUACGACUACAACAUCAACAACCGCGAUGACCACGACAACACCUACCACGUCCUCAUCUACUACAACGACAACCACACCAACUACAACAAUACAACCAACGACUACAUCUACCCAGGUCACAACGUCGACGACGCUAACAGCAAUGACGACAACUGCAAUACCAGAUUACUUUGCGGCGACAUCAACAGCAGUUUCUCCAACACAGAACACAACACUACAACCGUGUAACGAGAGGUUCAGAAAUAUAAUAUGUGGGCCAGCUAAGCCCCAACAAUCUGUGAAAGGCAUGUACGGCUGGUGCAGUCGACAUUGUCGGGCCGGAAGUUGCCCGGACCACUAUUGCAUGUGUUUCUGUGAGUACCCGGAUGGAGCCCGGCUCUAUCUGAAAACCAACUUUUAUAUCAUGAACAGCUCUUUUCCGAAAACCGGAUUUCCGGACUGCUGGGCUGGCAAAUUGUCAGAUGCGUGGGCUUAUGGGAACGCUGUUGCUUCACCCGGCCUCACCAUUAGGAUCCGUAAGGAGCGGAUGGUGAGAAAAAGACCUCACCGCCCUACUUGA